CCACUCCCACCUCCCUCUCGGUGCUUCACUACGAUCGGAUGCCGCCGCGCGUCAAAUCGAAAGCUCCAGCGCCUCGAGAAUCCGGAUCCCCGCUUCCUCCGCUACGCUCCCUCCACCCGACCCUAGCGGAUCACACCGCCAUCCUCUCAGGCCCCCGAGACCCGCGUCACCACGCUCGCCAACGCCCCUCCGCGUCGCCACCGAGUCCAUUGCCUGCAACACGCGGACUACGAGCGCACCGGUCGGCGUGUGGAUCGACGCCGGAUCUCGGUUCGAGACGGACGAGACCAACGGCACUGCCCACUUCUUGGAGCAUAUGAUAUUCAAGGGGACGGAGACGAGGAGUGUGAGGCAGUUGGAGGAGGAGAUUGAGAACAUGGGGGCUCAUCUCAACGCUUAUACGUCGAGGGAGCAGACUACUUACUAUGCCAAGGUUAUCGAGAAGGACGUGGGGAAGGCGGUGGAGAUCUUGGCUGAUAUUCUUCAGAACUCCAAGUUUGAUGAGGCCAGGAUCUAUAGGGAGAGGGAUGUCAUAUUGAGGGAGAUGGAAGAGGUCGAGGGACAAACUGAAGAGGUGCUAUUUGAUCAUUUACAUGCAACAGCAUUCCAGUACACCCCAUUAGGAAGAACUAUAUUGGGGCCUGCUCAGAACAUCAAGACAAUCACAAAAGAGCAUCUUAAAAACUACAUUGCAACUCAUUACACAGCCCCUAGAAUGGUUAUAUCUGCUGCUGGCGCAGUUAACCAUGGAGCUCUAGUCGACCAGGUGAAGAAGCUGUUCACACAUCUUUCAGCUGAUCCGACCACUGCAUCUCAGUUGGUUGCAAAAGAACCAGCUACCUUUACUGGUUCAGAGGUCCGGAUAAUUGAUGAUGACAUGCCACUAGCACAGUUUGCUGUUGCUUUCUCCGGUGCACCCUGGACAGAUCCAGAUUCAAUUGCUUUGAUGGUCAUGCAAUCAAUGCUAGGUUCUUGGAACAAGAAUACUGGUGGAGGAAAGCACAUGGGUUCGGAGCUAGUCCAGAAGGUUGGGAUCAAUGAAGUAGCUGAGAACAUGAUGGCUUUCAAUACGAACUAUAAAGAUACUGGGCUCUUUGGUGUUUAUGCAGUUGCCAAGCCAGAUUGCUUGGAUGAUUUAUCGUUUGCGAUUAUGAAUGAAAUUAGCAAGUUAUGUUAUCGGGUUUCAGAUGCUGAUGUUACUCGUGCGCGAAAUCAGUUGAAAUCUUCUCUCCAACUUCACAUUGAUGGCACUAGCCCCAUUGCUGAGGAUAUUGGUCGCCAGCUUCUGACUUAUGGGCGCCGAAUUCCAGCGGCAGAGCUUUUUGCAAGAAUUGAUGCAGUUGAUGCUCGCACUGUCAAACGUGUUGCAAACCGCUUCAUAUUUGAUCAGGAUGUUGCGAUCGCUGCAAUGGGACCAAUCACGAAGCUUCCUGACUACAACUGGUUUAGGCGUCGCACCUACUUGAACCGUUACUAGUUUCUUUUCUUCCCUUUUCCUUAUUAUAUUUAUGUUCUUCAAGUGAACUGAUUCAUGACUGCGCUUGAAGUCUCAUUCUACUCAGGCUGCAGCGAUGUUUAAUACAUCAUCAAAUCCUUUGGUGAACCAAAGUUUGUUAAUUUCAUUUUUGUUUUAAUUUUGGUAUGUGACAUCUCUUUCGCAAUAAUUUGUUUUGGAUAGGUGACAAGGUGGCCUAUGUAGAAAACAUUGACUUUAAAUUCAUUCUUCUCUACACAUUUAGAAAUUAGCCAUGUUCUGAAGCCCGAAUAAAAAUUAUAAUCAUUUUCGAAUUUA